AGGCAGCCACCCGAUCUAGAUCCAAGAAGAGCAAGGCGGGUGAUCAACCUGAUGCAUCUGUCGAAGACAGAUCCUUCCGAAGCGAGCUGGCGGCUGCGAUUGCAAGCGAGAUCCGGAAACAGCAAGUGUCGUCGCUGAUGGAGGAGAAAGAAAAGUUUCGGAAAGCUCGCAAGAUGCUUGAAAAGGACCGUAUCCGACUUGAGCUCAGCGACCGGGCCGACAUGAGCGAGGAUGAGUUUGAGCUGCUCGAUGCCUUGCUUCAGAGCAAGUCGGCAAAGAAACUCGCUGAAAGACUGAAACCGCAACGGGAAAAGGCGCCAAGCAAGCUUCAGAGCGAAUCUAUGGACUCGAUCGAGUCGAUCGGUUCGAUAAAUCAGCUUUCAGACGAAUUCAGCUCACAAGAGGAGAGCCCAGCGCCCAAGCAGGACCCUGGCCGACAUCGGUCUCGCAGCGAGCGGCCACACCACGAUGCCGUGCGUGAGCGAUAUUACGACGGCUCCUAUUCGGAUGACGAGGUGGCAUAUUAUCAAGACCAGGAACCACUCUCAGAAUUCGACAGUCCGCCGUAUGAGUGGUGUCCACGACCACCCUCGCCACCAAUGCAGUUUCUGCCCCACUACCCAUAUUACCCCGGCGGGACGAUAUAUCCGCCUCACUAUCCGUUCGGAUACCCAUAUCCAGACAUGUACCCGGGCAUGCCGCCAAUGCCGCAAAUCCAUGGGAUGCCCAGUCCCUUUCGCCAAUCUUUCGGAAGACCCCGCCGCCGCAAGGCCGCAAAGUUGCGUGCUACCCGAGGCAUCGACAAGCCUAUGAUGGUCGCGCUGCAGACUCCGUUGCGCAUGCCCGAGCCUCGACCCGGCGAUCGCGAUGAAGACGACUUCAAACUCAAAGCUGGUUUUGCCUCGGAGCCCUGGGAAGAGCCGCCAGAGGAAGGGGCUCUGCGAGAGGCGGGGUACCGACACCCACCAGCUCGCGAAAGCCCCACCGGUUUGGAUAAGAUCGGCUCACGUCCGAAACCAUGGCCUGUCGGCUAUGUCAACCAAGAAAUCAUGGGAAUACUGGAGAAAAAGGAAAAUGAUUCGAGACAGGCCGAGAGAGCGGACCAAGAUCAAACGACAGAAGCAACAGAGGUAGAUGCCGGACCAUACGAACAGCCCUCAUAUCACCGCUCCAAUGUGGAACAUGCUGCGUCGCCGUCCGUCGAGCUCACAGACCGCAGCGGUGCAAGCUAUGAGGACCCACCAAAUGGCUAUGUGGGAAAAUUACCUCUGGACCAUGAUCUAGUCUACGGAGUGCAACAGCAGCGAUCCUCGGCACAGAAUCAUCCUUUCCAAACAGGGCCAAAUCCCGAGUCUGCUUAUCUGGCGCGCUAUCUCGAGCGAACAGGCAAAGCCCCGGUUCAGAUUCGCCAUGCCCCCCUUCAGUCGAUUGGCUCGAGACCGUCCCAGCAGUGGGGACUUGGACCGAGUCGACGGCCUUCGCAGACACCCGCUCGCACUGACUCCCUUGUUUCAGCCAGCUCUUCGGAACCUCGAUACACUUCGCUCAAGCCGAUCGCCAGCCAAAGAGAAAUUGCGGCGAGAAGACCGCUCCAAGCGUACCAGCAAAAACCCUUGGGUGCCCUGUCCGAUGACUCGGCUGUGGCAGGAGGAAACCCUGUUUCUGCUCCAAAGAAGAGAUUGACUGGCGCUGUGAAGCCGGCACCGCUCGCAGCCUCAUCCAAGCCAGUAGUGGUUGGAAAGACUCUCGGAGUUGCCUCGUCAAAUAACACUGGGGCUCCUGAUCAACGGCAGUAUCUCCCACCACUUGUCUCCCAGCAGGAACAGGAGAGAUCCGAGAAUGCAUACUUCCAUCCAAACGAGUCGAUUCCACACGAGCAUGAUGCUUCUGCACCCCGUCAGCGACUUCCCGCUUACCACGGGUAUUCGGCUCAGCGUCUUCCUCCAUCGGCAUAUUUCGAACAUCCCGAGCAUCAUCAGCCUCUUCAGCUGCCGAGACAUCCUCCAUCAUACAACUAUGGCUCACCUCCGUCCGCGCCAUAUCCCCAGCAGCACGCACCAUAUCCCCAGCAGCACGCACCAUAUUUCCAGCAGCACGCGCCCUACUCACAGCACCACACAGCGUAUCCUCAGUACUCCCCGCAAGCAACUUACCCGAAUCCGGCUCCAGAUCACCCCCCACCUCACCAUCGACCCUGGGGCGAUCCCCGCACCGGAUACGCCACACAAGAAGCAUAUGCAGGCCCGCCAUAUCCCUGGCCAUCCGCGCCGCUGCCAAAGAGCUAUGAACCAACGGGCGCCGAUAUGUACCCGUGACGGCAAAUCCGAAAGUCUGCGAGUCGAUGUCU